AUGCCUCGCCUAUUUGAAGAAGGGGGAGAGGACAGUAGCUUGCGGAAAGGACAAAAAAACAUCAAUGUCGUCAAACCUGUCACUGCUAAGCGACCCGUCCCCUACCGUGCAACGACUAACGCGUGGGACGGAUUUCGAACGACCGGCCAAAGAUUCCUCCUUACUUACUCGCAACUAAGGUUGGAGACCUUCAAAAUAUCAGAACUUGGCCAGCACCUAAUGUCACUCUUCAACAACCCUGUUACGUGUGUCCUUGCAGCUAAAGAGAAACAUAAAGAUGGCGGGGACCACGUACACAUUUAUUUGGAUGUCGGAAUAGAAGUUCAGAUCCAGGGUUCCCGCUUUUUCGACUAUUGCCAACGUCACCCGCACAUCAAGGCCAUAACAAAGACGCCGCAUCGAGCCGCUGCCUACGUCAUGAAAGACGAAAAGGUCUUCUUCAGGCAUGGAGAAGUUCCCGGAAAAAGAGUCGUCAGUUUAUGUCAGCAGGGCACCACCAGCAAGCACAGUUUCGAGCGCAGACGACAUGGGCUUGUUGCGUUGGGCGGAAGUUCCACCGUCUCUAUGGAGAUGCUGAACAAAGAUAUCGAACGUUUGACGCUCAACUGA